GCCGUGAGGGGAGGAGUGGGGAGGCACGCUCCCCUCCCCCAGCGCAGCUGCUGGCUGUCUUUGCCGGAACACUCCAGCCCCAAUGCUCUUCUCUUUGCUGCUGAGUGAAGUCCUCCCCGUGGCCCACGGCCUCCCUGCCUCAGCCCUUUGGAUCUGCUCUUCAGACUUUACCCCUUAGUUAUGCCCUGAUUCCAGGACCCAGCCUGGACUCCACAUACCUUGGUCCCAGGCUGGCCCCAGGUCUUCCAGGUAGUCCCUCUCCACCAAGUCCCCAAGUCACCCUUGACUCUGAGAGGUAUCCCUCUCCCACACCAGUUCUUUUCCAGUCACUUCUCCUCCCAUGUUUGUCUUCAGUCUUUGCCUCCAUUUAUCCCUGUCCCUCCCAACCCCCGGGCUCCCAAGUUCUAUCUCACUCCUCCAUCUUCCCUUCCUUCUCACAGCUGAGGUUCCGGGCUGUGAUGAUGGCAAUGCUGCCCAGCACAACCCCUGCCCCCAUGAUGUCAGAAGGUGCCACAGUCUCAUAGAGCAUAUAAUACUGCAGUAUAAGGGCCACCACCACCUCGGAAUGCAGGACAGCACACACCAGGGCAGGGUGGGCCUUGGUGACUGCAUAGCUCACACAUGUGAAGGAGACCAAGGCGAGGAUCCCCACUGCCCCCACACAACUCCAACUCAGGAGGUCACUGGGCAACACGGGGGUCUGCAGCACAAAGAGGCCUGGCACAGAGCCCAGCAGCCCCACCAAGCCAAAUAGGAAGGCCACUGUUGGGAGGCAGGAGGGAAAGUGCAGAGAACGAUAGACCAGAAGCCCCAGGGAGAGCGCCAGGCCUCCCAGGAAAGCCAGCACAUAGCCCAGGGCGGUGUAGAGACCCGUGGUCCCCUCCUGUAGUGUCCCGAGUCCAGGUCCCACAAUGAUGAUUAGUCCUAGAAUGCUGCCCAACAGUCCACACCAGUCGUAGCCACUGAGACCCUGGCUCUCAAGGCAGAGGGUGAGGACGGCGGAGCAGACAGUGGAAGAACCUUUGCGAACAGUGGCAGCGUUGCCAGCGGGCACCACCUGAACCGCACUGUAGGCACAUCCAAUGCUGAGGACGUUGAGCAGGGCAUGGAAGCAGGCCCGGCCUCGGAUGUCAGGAGGUCCCAGAAGUGGGUCGCCACGCAGUUUAAGUAGCAGGGCAAUAGGGAGGUGGAAGAGGCAUCGACAGAUGAGCAGCUCCAGCGAGGGCAGAUUGGAAGCCUGAAGGAAGAGGCCCAGCAGAAGGGACUCGCUGAGCCACCCCCCGCCCCACUCCAUGUUGGCUGUGCUCUCAGGCUGGCACCAUGCCCCCCCCUGCAGAGGUGACGGACCCAUCCCAUGCCCCCGCCGUCCUGCGCCAGCUCAAUGAACAGCGGCUCCGUGGCCUCUUCUGUGACGUCACCCUCAUAGCGGGAGACACCAAGUUCCCUGCUCAUCGCAGUGUCCUGGCUGCUUCAAGUCCCUUCUUCAGAGAGGCCCUGCUCACUUCAGCCCCACUGCCCCUCCCACCAGCUACUGGGGGCGCCGCACCCAACCCUGCCACCACCACAGCUGCCUCUUCCUCCUCCUCCUCUUCCUCGUCUUCCUCUUCUUCUUCCUCUUCUUCUUCUUCUUCCUCCUCUUCCUCUUCCUCUCCCCCUCCAGCCUCUCCCCCUGCUUCUUCCCCGCCCCGGGUCCUGGAGUUGCCAGGAGUCCCAGCAGCUGCGUUUUCUGAUGUCCUCAACUUCAUCUAUAGUGCCCGGCUUGCACUGCCUGGUGGUGGAGGGGACGGGGCAGCUGUAGCAGAGAUUGGAGCUUUGGGGCGCCGUCUGGGCAUCUCCCGCCUUCAGGGCCUGGGGGAGGGAGGUGAUGCCUGGGUACCUCCUACCCCAGCCCCCAUGGCCACCUCGCAGCCUGAAGAGGACAGCUUUGGGCCCGGGCCCAGGCCAGCUGGGGAGUGGGAGGGUGACAGGGCUGAGGCCCAGGCCCCUGACUUGCAGUGCUCCCUGCCCCGGCGGUCCCUACCCUGUCCCCAAUGUGGAAAAAGCUUCAUCCAUCCCAAACGGCUGCAGACCCAUGAGGCCCAGUGCCGACGAGGGGCCAGCACUCGGGGGUCUUCAGGGCUGGGAGCUGGGGGCGCUGGCCCUGGUGGUCCUGCAGGGGUGGACGCCUCAGCCCUGCCUCCACCGGUGGGCUUCCGAGGGGGCCCCGAGCACGUGGUGAAGGUGGUGGGCGGCCACGUGCUGUAUGUGUGCGCGGCCUGCGAGCGUUCCUACGUGACCCUGUCCAGUCUGAAGAGACACAGCAAUGUACACUCGUGGCGGAGGAAGUACCCCUGCCGCUAUUGUGAGAAAGUGUUCGCUCUGGCGGAGUACCGCACGAAGCAUGAGGUGUGGCACACGGGGGAGCGCAGGUACCAGUGCAUCUUCUGUUGGGAGACCUUUGUCACUUACUAUAACCUGAAGACCCACCAGCGAGCCUUCCACGGCAUUAGCCCGGGCCUCCUCGCCAGUGAGAAGACACCCAAUGGAGGCUACAAGCCCAAGCUCAAUACACUCAAGCUCUACCGCCUGCUCCCCAUGCGGGCAGCCAAGCGGCCCUACAAGACCUACAGCCAGGGAGCCCCAGAGGCCCCCCUUUCUCCAAGCCUCAACACACAGGCCCCUGUGGCAAUGCCAGCCAGCCCGCCGCCUGGGCCUCCACCUGCCCCAGAGCCUGGCCCUCCACCCUCUGUCAUCACUUUUGCCCACCCAGCUCCCUCUGUCAUUGUCCAUGGGGGCAGUAGCAGUGGUGGAGGGGGGAGUGGGACGGCCAGCACAGGAGGGUCCCAAGCCGCCUCGGUUAUCACUUACACUGCUCCCCCGAGGCCACCCAAGAAACGAGAAUACCCACCUCCUCCCCCUGAGCCUGCAGCCACACCCACCAGCCCAGCCACAGCAGUCAGCCCAGCCACUGCUGCAGGGCCAGCCACGGCCACCGCCACGGAGGAGGCCAAGGGCCGGAAUCCACGGGCUGGAAGGACUCUGACUUACACAGCCAAGCCAGUGGGCGGGAUUGGUGGAGGUGGGGGUCCCCCCACAGGGGCUGGCCGGGGCCCCUCUCAGCUGCAGGCUCCACCUCCACUGUGUCAGAUCACUGUGCGAAUAGGGGAGGAGGCCAUCGUCAAGCGCCGCAUCUCAGAGACUGACCUGCGUCCUGGGGAGCUGAGCGGAGAGGAGAUGGAGGAGAGUGAGGAGGACGAAGAGGAGGAGGACGAAGAGGAGGAGGAGGAUGAGGAGGAAUCAAAGGCUGGUGGGGAGGACCAGCUCUGGAGGCCCUACUACUCCUACAAGCCUAAGCGCAAGGCUGGAGCUGCUGGAGGUGCCAGUGUGGGGGGCAGUGGGCUGCCCCGAGGCCGUCGGCCACCACGCUGGAGGCAGAAGCUGGAACGGAGGAGCUGGGAGGAAACCCCAGCGGCCGAGAGCCCAGCGGGACGUGCCCGCACAGAGCGGAGGCACCGCUGCGGGGACUGUGCCCAGACCUUCACCACCCUGAGAAAGCUGCGGAAGCACCAAGAGGCCCACGGCGGGGGCUCCCACAGCUCCCGGGCCGGACGGAGGCCCUCCACCCGCUUUACCUGCCCCCACUGCGCCAAGGUGUGCAAGACCGCAGCUGCCCUGAGCCGCCACGGGCAGAGGCAUGCUGCUGAGCGGCCCGGGGGCACCCCAACCCCUGUCAUUGCCUAUUCCAAGGGCAGCGCUGGCACCAGGCCCGGGGAUGUCAAGGAGGAAGCCCCCCAAGAGAUGCAAGUCUCCUCAUCCAGCGGUGAGGCAGGUGGCGGGAGCACUGCUGCUGAGGAAGCUUCCGAGACCGCCUCACUCCAGGACCCUGUCAUCUCAGGGGGUGAGGAACCCCCAGUAGUGGCAGGUGGGGGCAGCUAUGUAUACCCACCUGUGCAGGAAUUUCCACUGGCCCUGAUUGGGGGCGGCCGGGAACCUGGUGGUGGCAGGGGAAAAUCUGGGAGUGAAGGGCCAGUGGGGGCUGGUGAGGGGGACCGGAUGGAGGGGAUAGGGGCUGCCAAAGUCACUUUCUACCCUGAGCCCUACCCGCUCGUCUAUGGCCCCCAGCUCCUUGCCGCUUACCCUUACAACUUCAGUAACUUGGCCGCUCUCCCGGUUGCUCUCAACAUGGUCCUACCUGAUGAGAAGGGUGGGGGGGCCCUUCCCUUCCUACCAGGGGUCUUUGGCUACGCAGUGAAUCCUCAAGCAGCACCCCCUGCCCCACCAACACCACCUCCCCCAACUCUUCCUCCACCAAUUCCCCCUAAGGGAGAAGGGGAAAGGGCAGGGGUUGAGAGAACCCAGAAGGGCGAUGUGGGGUGAACCCUGGGGCUCAAUCCCCCUUUCACCAGAUGCCACCCUCCCUGAACCCCCCACCACUACCAGCUCCCUGGCCUCCCUGCCCCUUGGGAGCCCCUCCACACUCUUGUGCAGGGACUUGGGGGCCCCUGGAGCUCAGGGGUCAGGCUGCUUUGUGUGAGAUUGUAGUUUUCCCAUCUCCUGGGAAGGGAUCUUUCGAGGUUCCCCUCUCAAUCUUCCUCCAGGGAAUGGCCUCCAUGAGGGGCAGGGCCAGCUUCCAUCCCUUCUCCAGCCCUUGGGGCAACUGAGCAAUAUACUUAACCUGACUCUCUACUCACAGCCCCCACCAGCUCUGAAUGUCUAACCUGCUCCCCUGAUUCAUAAACCUAGGGGGAAACCAUCUCUCUCACCUAAUGACCCGCCUUGUUCUGAAGCUUUCUCUAAGCCCUUCCCAGAUGCUUCCUAGCACAUUCCAUUCUUUGUGGCCCAGGGCCUGGACCAGACCAUUGUGAUACCUGACCCCGCCCACCUGGGAGUGUGGCUUUGGGUUCCAUCCUUCCCAAGCGUGGGUCUCUACAUCCCUGUUUCCCUUGCAUCAAGACACCUUCCUCGGCUUCCAUGCCUUUGGAUCUUCCAUGUUCCUCCCCAUAUUCCUGGACUUCGGAGAUGGCCUCUCCCAAGCCAGGUCAAGGAGGUUUGGGGGAGGGCUGCCCCUCUGCCCCUCUGUUCCGUGGCUGAGCACUUUCCCAGUCCAGGGCAGGGAAAUAUUGGCCCUAUCUUGACCCCCAAAUCCAGUGAGCUCCAGAUUCUUCCAAGGCAAAAGAGGUGAGCAGAUCACACCUCUUUCUGCCUCUACAUAUGGCCUAUUCUGGGCUAAACCAGAUUUGGGGGCCAGGAGGGAAGAACUCCAUAUGGGAUGGAGAAGGGAAUCUACUUUCUCCCUGUUUUUUUUUCCUGAUGGUUUCUCCCAGACUAGACCAAAUAGCCAGAAAAAUGAUAGGGGUCAGAUGGGUGGGUAAGCCCAGGAUUUGCACAUGACCUUCCAUCCUUACCUGCAUUCCCAUCUCCCCAGUGUCACUCCCCUCACCAAUCACUCCAGAUGGUUUUGGGGGAACCAUUCUACUCUUCUGGUGGGCUUUGGGGUAUCCCCACCAACUUUCCCUUCAAAAUAGCACCUUACACCCCAUCUUUGACUCAGUUCCCCACACCCAAAGAUCCCAGCCUAGGGAUGGGGUACAGGGACUUUAAAUAGUCCCUAAUCCCUAAUUUGCACUAGAUAACCCUGGUCAGGGGUCCCUGUAUUUCCUUCCAGUGGGGGAGAUGAAGAAAUGUUUGCUCCUAAUUCUCUGAAAACUGGGCCUCCCUGCUCUGUGAUUGGAUAUAUAUUUCCCAUCCCACCCACCUCCCCCCAAAAAAUAGCUCACAAGGGGAGAGCCACUUUGGGGGAGCAAAUUUGACAAAUGGGAAUUAGAGGAGUGCAGUUUUAAAAGGAAAAGUUGCUGUCAUCAAAAUGGCAGGCUUUUCCCCAGCUACUGUUUUUGGGGCCAAGAUGGCUGCCCUAGCAGCAAUCACUGCCAAGGGCAAGAUCAUGGCUUUUGGAGGGAGGUGAGUUUAGGGAGGGCCAGGACCAUCCUCCUACCCCUCAUACCCUCCCAGCAUAUACAAAAGGGGAGGUUUUAGACAGGCUCCCUGAAUGUUAACCACAGAGGAGUCACUCCUUCAUUCCUCCUCUGUCUCUUUGCACUUUUCUUGGUCUUGGCCACAGCCUGAGUGAUGAAUUUCCUACUGAAUGUACCAAGUUCCAAUUUUUAAGGGGGGGGAAAGGUUUCAAAUGGGGAAAAACGCCAAAAAAAAAAAUCACUAAAAAUUCCCACAAAUCUUGUUUCUGGCACUUUAGAAAAACUGCAAAAAAAUACAUAAUAAAGAAUACAUAUAUAUAUAUAUCUACACACAAAUUAUAUAUCUAUCUAUCUAUACAGCGGAACCACAAGAGAGACUGAGGAAGGCCUGGAGGCAGGGGCAGAGGUGACGACAGUGCCCCUAUAUCCUUAACCCAUACUCCUCUGAGGCAAACAGGCAUGGGAAAAUGGAAGGGUUGAGGAUGGACCGGAGAAUUGGAACUUCAGAAUAGGUCAAAAUUCCAAAACCAUGGACAUUUUUUUUUGGGAGAAUUGAGAUUGUAGACAUUUAUUUUUUUUAAAUAUGAUCAAGGAAAAUAGCUUCCAGAAUGUGGUGGUUCUGGGCAACAAAUGAGAUUGUGGUGACGUGGAGAUUAAAAUAUAUGUAUUUGAGCUGGGGAAUUUGAAUAUUGUGAGUUUCAGAUGUUGGAAAUUUGGGAUUUUGCAGUUUUGUCUUUUGAAAAUGAUCAAGUCUUGUCAGUUUGUACCCUCUUUCCCCAUGUUCCCUGGGAAGAAGGGUGGUGGCAGAGUGGGAAGGCCACUGGUUCUGUGCCGCAGCACGCAAGAUUUAGAAUUCUACAGACUCUAGCUCUAUACGUAGUGAGGACCCAGAUUUAGAGAAACUGACCAAUAUUUAUCUCCGCAUUUGUGUGUGUGUCCAACUCUGUAGGCCAAUAAACCAACAAGACAAAUGAACUGUGCUCCA